GAGAGAGAGAGAGAGAGACACCCCUGGUGGAGAGGACAGUUACUGAGGACUUCUCAGAAACCGUGUUCACUUUAAAAUGAAAGCGAAACUGAUGUGUGUUGGUGUGGUGCACGGUGCUGAACGUUUAUUUAGCUCCUUACCGAUCACAGGCGGACAGAUGAUCAAACCAACAAGGAGAGAGAGUAAGAGAGGAUGUGAAAGACAAUGUGGAUAUACUAUACCGUCGGAUUACCGCGUCUUCUCUCUACUAGUUUGGACGUUUAUUGAUGAUCAAGAACAGGAUUAAUACCGCUGUGAUUCUGUGAUUAAAAACGUCGGAAAAUAUAAAAAGUGCAUCAGGAAAAGAAACUACAUUGCACUCGUUUUGCAAAACGGAUGCCAGGGAACUGUGUAGCGAUGGGAGAGGGUUGGGACCGCUCCCCCUGUAGGAUGGUCGCUCACAGCGCUGUGGAAGAACAAGACACAACAACAAAAGCACCAUCGUCAUCAUCAUCACCUUCUAGACCUCUAGGCGCCUCCUCCACCUUCCUCUCGACUCCACACUCGGACCACCACGCAACCUCGCCAUCAUCAUCAUCACCACCAUCGUCAUCAUCAUCAGUUUCCCAGUCACACCGUCAGCGCCCAUCCAACCAGUGUGUGGUCCCUAUCCCAGGACCAGACCUGUUAGACCACCAGCCUCCUCUUCCCCUCCUGGACCCAGUGCCCACCCACUUUCCUCUGUUCCCCUGCAAGGUAGACUUCCUGUUGAUCACCCGGACGGCCGCCAUGUUGGAACGUUCCGGCUUCUACUGGGGCCCGCUAGGAGUGGAGGAGGCUCACAGUCGACUGAAGGACGUUGCCACAGGAACAUUCUUGAUCCGGGACAGUCGUCAGAAAGACGUCUUCUUCACGCUGUCCUAUCGCGCGGCCAGCGGCCCGGUCAGCGUACGCAUCGUCUAUAAGGGACAACGGUUCAGCCUGGCAGGAAGUGAGCACUCUUUCCCCUGUCUCUUCUUCCUGCUCGAACACUACAUUCAUUCCUCUAAGAAAAGCCUGACCGUUCCGUACAGGAAGCAGCGCCCUACGCUCCAGGAACUGUGCAGGAAACAGGUCGCGGAGUCGUGCGGCGGUGAGGUGGAACGGGUCGCCAGUCCCGUCAACCCAAUCCUAAAACACUUCCUGUUAGAGUUCCCUUACAGGAUAUGAUGUCACAGAGGAUGCCGUUGAGGCGGGACUUGAUUUGAUUUCGGGUCGGUACUGAAGGGUUUUCGGAUCGGUCGCUUUGAAACUAGAGACCGGGUCGUGGUUAGAAACGAGGUCAGAGUUCAAAACCGCACCCUAUUCUCUAAACGGUGCACUACUCGACAGGGUCAUAGGUCACACUUGGUUUGGGUUUAUCCGGUUUGGUGGUGGUCCCUGGAGGAUUUUAAGGGACCGUAUAUAUGUGGACCACCACAACAACGACAGGUUAUGGGGCGGCUGCAUUAAAGAACCACCACCGGGGUUGUGUUCUGAUCCGGGUCGCUGACCCUGUGAGGUGGACGGUUUGGUUAGUGGACUGGUUCUGCCGUUGUAGGCAGGGCUGGGUUCGCUGUAGCACGACAACUCAAGCAUCAAUACUUUACAAUGUUUACAAUGUUGUUUACAAACUUUACAACGAAUGUUUACGCUACACAAUAUUACAGUACUGUAUGUAUAACUGUGUACUCUCUGGUACUAACAGGUACAACUGUGUACUCUCUGGUACUAACAGGUACAACUGUGUACUCUCUGGUACUAACAGGUACAACUGUGUACUCUCGGGUACUAACAGGUACAACUGUGUACUCUCUGGUACUAACAGGUAUAACUGUGUACUCUCUGGUACUAAUGGGUAUAAUUGUGUACUAUGUAGUACUGCCGGGUACAACUGUGUACAUUCUGGUACUAAUGGGUAUAACUGUGUACUAUGUAGUACUAAUGGGUAUAACUGUGUACUAUGUAGUACUAAUGAGUAUCUGUGUACUAUGUAGUACUAAUGAGUAACU